AUGCCUCUCCCUCCCGAUCCUAUCGGUGAAGGCGCCACUCCCACAGCCAAGAGUGCUUUCGAUGCUAAGACCACCAAGUACGAGACGGACUUCAGUCUCUGGGAGCAGGCGGAUGCGGCAGUGAUUAGGGUUUUCAUCACCACUACCCCAGUUGAGUUAGUCAAGUCCUACCGCACCUUCCGCUCUGCGCAUGACAUUUGGAAGUACCUCCAGGAUCGUUUUCAUGACAAAACUGCCGUGGGAGUUGCAAUCCUUAUUCCUCGCAUGUUCCAAAUCCGCCUUGAGGAAUGCCCGGGCAUGGCAGACUACAUCUCUGAAAUCCGCAACAUCCAUGAGGAGCUCAAGGACAUUGGGAUCACCUUCCCCGAACAGGCACCUGCUGCUGGGCUUCUCGUCGGACUCACCCCGGCCUACAACGUCACCAGUUCCAUGCUCAAGCAGCUCCCCACCAAGGAACUCACCUUCGAGAAAGUCGCUUUGGCCCUUCUCUCUGCGGAAAAGGACCUUGCAGCCCAGGCAUCAGUCAAUGCUGUGCGCUACUCCCCUGGCAUUCCAUUUCGUUCCCAGCAGGGCCAGAGGCGCAACUCCUUUCCCCCAUGCCAGUACCUCAUUAGGAAGGGUCCACGUGCGGGGCAGAAGUGCAACGGCACCAACCACCCUGAGGCCACUUGCUUCAAGAAGCGAGAUGACGAGUGGUAUGACGUCCAUGGUGUCUCCAAGGACAAGCGUCCUCCCAACUGGGCACCACCCCGUCGCGUGAACCAGGUUGAGGCAGUGGAGGAACCUGCUCAGGCAUUUGCUAGCGCCCCAUCUGAUGUUCGCCUUAACCUGUUGUUCUCUGGUGCUGGUCUUAUUAAUGAGAAGGGGUCGCAGUACAUCGGUGUUUCAACCACACAGGGAAUCGAGUUCAUACUAGACAGUGGUGCCACCCACACAGUGCUUAAAGACCAAACCGCCUUCGUUCCCUACCAGGCUCCCACCUCACUCCUUGGAGCAGAUUCUAGCUUCUCCAUCCAAUGCCAUGGCUCCUCCACAGUUUCCUGUCCAGCAUUCCCAUCUGGCACAGUCACUGGCAUCUCUGCUCCAACCCUCCGCUACAACCUUCUUGCACAGCGGGAAAUCCAACACGCAGGCGUGAUCACCAUCUUUCCCAAUGAUGUUGACUACUGUGACAUGUUUGACGCCAAAACCGGACUCCAUCUUGCCCGCUUCACCCUCAACUCCAACAACCUGUACACACUAGUUGUACCUCCCGUUCAAACAUGCUCCCUCACCAACCUUCCGCUUCCAUCCUCAGACUCCCCCUCAUAUCACUGCCGCCUCCUCACUGACAAGACUAUGCUAUUUCAUAACCGCCUCGGCCACAUCAACUUCCGCGCACUUUCCGACCUUGCCACCAAGCAACUCCUUCAUGGACUGCCCGCCUCACUUCCACAACCCCCCUCUCUUUCUGGACCGCCUUGCCUUGACUGUGCACAGAGCAAGCUUCGGGAACAGCCCCAUCCUCCCACUGAGUCCAUCUCUACCGCACCUCUCGAUCGCGUACACAUGGACCUUUGGGGUCCAGCUCCUGUUCGUUCCCGUGGCGGACACUUCUACUUCCUUGUCAUCGUUGAUGACUAUUCCCGCUAUGUGUCUGUUCACCUUCUCACCGCCAAGUCUGAAGCCCCAGCCAUCAUCAUGGAAUGGGCCAGGCAGGCUCAUUCACACUUCAAAACCAAAAUCAAGUUUCUUCACUCAACACUACUCUCAAAGCUUUUUGCUCUACUGAGGGUAUCCAACAGACCUUCACUCUCCCAGACAGCCCUCAACAGAACGGUGUUGCUGAAAGCCGAAACCGCAUCCUGGUGCAGAUUGCUCGCUGCCUCCUCACUCAUGCUUCCGCCCCUCCCUCUCUCUGGGGAUACGCCAUGCUCCAUGCUGCCGCCCUCCACAAUCUCCAUCCUCAUCCUCACCACACCCACACCACCCCCGCAGAGCUGUGGACGGGUCAAAAGCCGUCCGUCCGCCCUCUUCGUUUUCUCCUUCUCCUCCUCCUCUUUCUCUAACUUGGGCUGA